AAAAAAUCCUUAUAAACAAUGAUCGACUAGCUCAUACUCUUGCAAUACGUAAGUCUACGUAUAAGUAAUUACAAUCACGGAGAAUAAAAUUUAUAAUCAUUUUAACAAAAGACACCUAAAUUCAGAUACUUUACCAACCGGUAGUUGCAUGGGUAACGGGUUACUUCUAAAAAUGCUUGAAUCUUAAGUUAAAGCUAAACAUUGCAAAAACCAUGUUCAAAAGACGUACCAAACUCGUACAAAUCUUUCUUCCUUCCUUCUCUUAACCUUCCAAGAUUUAGCCGAAACCCAAAAUGACCUCACAACAAUCUCCCAAUCGCGCUAAGUACCAUUCCAUCUUACCUAUCGCGUUGGCCUGUGUACUUGUGCUAGGGACCGCGAGGCUAGUGUUUGACAACCUAAAGAGUAACCGAGAAAGUAUUUUUGGCCAAUGGCAACUUUGGUUACGAGGGGGCGGAUUUCAUAGGUACAUUAUCAAUGCAUUUGAUGAUGAUGAUAAUAGCUAUGAAGAUAUAGAAGAUUGUAACGUUUUCGACGGGAAAUGGGUUUGGGAUAACGUGUCUCGCCCGUUGUAUAGUGAAGAGAGUUGCCCUUUUUUGGUUAAACAAGUUACUUGUCAAAGAAAUGGAAGACCUGAUAAAUCUUACCAGAAUUGGAGAUGGCAGCCUAAUGAAUGCAAUUUGCCAAGGUUUAAUGCAGUAAAACUAUUGCGUAUACUAAAGAAUAAACGCUUGAUGUUCGUAGGAGACUCGAUCCAAAGAGGUCAAUUCGACUCGAUGGUUUGCAUGUUACAGUCUGCAAUACCUGAUGGAAAGAAAUCACUUCACAAGGUUCCUUCUAAGAAGAUCUUCUAUGCUCAGGAAUAUAAUGCAACAGUUGAGUUCUACUGGGCUCCGUUUAUAAUUGAGUCGAAUUCGGACCAUUCUACAAAUCAUUCAGUGCUUAAGAGGCUGGUUAAGCUUGAUCGAAUUGCUGAUCACAGCAAAAACUGGGAAGGAGUAGACAUUUUGGUAUUUGAAAGCUAUGUUUGGUGGAUGUACAAGCCUAUUAUAAACGCAACGUAUGGAAAUCUCAAUGAUAUACAAGAAUAUAAUGUUACUACAGCUUACAAAAUGGCAUUGCAAACCUGGGCAAAUUGGUUGGACUCUAGCAUCAAUCCUCAGACACAGAAGGUCUUCUUCAUGAGUUUGUCUCCUACACAUUUGUGGAGCUCAGAAUGGAACCCAGGAAGUGACGGGAACUGCUUCAACGAAAAGGAACCCAUCCAUGGACCAUACUGGGGGAUGGGUACGAAUCGUGAAAUCAUGAAAGUAGUGCAAGAAACAAUACAAGGUCUAAAGACAGAAGUAACAUUUCUGAAUAUAACACAGUUAUCAGACUUCAGAAAAGAUGCACAUACUACAAUAUAUACAGAAAGGAAAGGCAAACUCCUAACCAAGGAACAAAAGGCUGACCCGAAAAACUUUGCAGAUUGCAUUCAUUGGUGUUUACCAGGAGUUCCUGAUACAUGGAAUGAGAUUUUGUAUGCACAUUUGUUACAAGAGUUUUAUAACUAAUCUCUUUGUUAGGACCAAA